AGAGGAAGACAAAAUGGCUGACACAGGGACGACACAUGUAACGUACUACAGCCCAGAUCAAGAGAAUGUAGGACCAUUCAGGACACUACUAGUCUUCACACUUAUGAUGGUGACAGCUCCUAUAGGCCUGUAUUUCAUGUCCAAGACAGUAGUGUUCGAAGGUAUAUUUGAUGUGGACCCUCAGACUGCUAACAUAUACAGUGCCAUUGUUGCCGUCGUAACAAUACACCUCGUUCUGGCACUAGCUGUUUACGUGCUGUAUGGAGAUGACCUGGGCCUGAGGACGACAGUCACACCAACCACAAGCAAGAAGAAAGACUAACACUCAUGUUUCAAGACUUUCCAACAGAAUGCUGUCUAUGGAGGAGAACGAUGCGUACUUCUACAGUGCAAUAGUUGCUGUGGUGGUUGUUCACAUCAUCCUGGUCAUGUUUGUGGUGGUGGCCUUCAG